UCACUGCUUUGCUAGUUUCCUCUCCCACCCUGUCUCACUCUGCCUGUCCCAGCUUCUCCCAGUCCCUCCUCAUUCAGUGCUCAGCAAGGAAGAGGAAGCAAGGACUGUGUAGACGGCUGUUAGAGGAUGGACCUGAAAGCUUAUCUUGAGCGUAUUGGUCUCACGGCCCCAGAACCACCCUCUCUGUCAGCGCUACGAGAGUUGCACAACCAUCACCUGCUCUCUAUACCAUUUGAGAGCUUGAGUAUUCAUAUUGGUGAGAAGAUCAUCUUGGACCCUGCACUCAUCUUUAACAAGAUUGUUUUAAGACGAAGAGGGGGCUUCUGCUAUGAGAACAAUGGACUUUUCUUGUGGGUCCUGCAAGAGUUAGGUUAUAAUCCAAAGGUGCUAUCAGGCCGAGUGCAGACUAGAAUGCCUGGCAUCUAUGGCCCUACCUUCGAUCACCUGAUCCUUACAGUAGAGUUGGAAGGGAGAAGAUGGCUUUGCGAUGUGGGUUUUGGGGAGGGGAUCAGGUUUCCUUUCCCAUUAGAAGACAGAUGGGAAGAGGAACAGGAAGGUUGCAUAUUUAGAUUACGAGUUGAUGGGGAGGAGUGGCAUCUGGAGAAAAGGGAAAAUGAGGGUUGGAGAAGCUUAUUCAAGUUUACUUUGGAAGAGCGAAGAUUCAAGGAUUUCCAGGGUAUGUGUGAAUUUCAUCAAACCUCUCCUUAUUCAUUCUUUGUCUGCAAAACGUUCUGCUCCCUCCAGCUGCCAAGAGGGAGGGUUACAUAUAUGGGGCACCGAUUGAUCAAAACGGAGUUUACGUCAGGAGAAGACCGUGUAAAGAACACACAAAUUCUCACAGAGGAGGAGAUACCCAAUGUGCUCAAGGAAACAUUUGGAAUUGUUCUGAAUGGAAAACUUGAGAUAAAAGAUGAGGACCAUUUGCUCCCACCCACAGAAUAAGAGUUGGUUUAUAAUGUCAUACAGGUAUGGCAUUUAAAUUAUACAUCUGGGUAAAAAAAUGAUAUAAAGUGAAAAUGACAUCACAGAUUACUAACUGGUGCUCUUAUAAAUUAGAUAAUUUAUACUUUUGGUUACUUUUUAUGUCACAUUAAAAAACACAGCCAAUAAUAAUGUGGUGUAAAAUUAUAGAUUCCACUUGUUUGUCCAUCUUUAAUGCAUUAAUUAAACCAUGCAGUCCAGGAUAAGGUUUCAGUAAAUCCUCUGUCUAUUGGCAAUACCUUAGCCGUGAUCCUCAAAAGAGUGACUCCGGUGCAGUAACUGAGAAGAGGGUUGCUACAGAAACCCGGAGUUACCAAAAUAGCUUGAUGUGUUUCGCCUGGGCUUUCUCAAGAGCUGGUUUAAGGUUGCUCCUUUUAAAGUCACCUGCCAUUUAAAUAUGGGAGGAUUAUACUUUUUUUAAUUUUAUUUAAAGGGACAGUCAAGUCCAAAAGAAACUUUUGAUUCCAAUAGGGCAUAUAAUUUUAAACAACUUUCGAAUUUACUUUUAUCACCAAUUUUGCUUUGUUCUCUUGGUAUUCUUAGUUGAAAGCUAAACCUAGAAGGUUCAUAUGCUAAAAUUCUUAGACCUUGAAGGCCACCUCUGCAUUUGACAGUUUUUCACCACUAGAGAGCGAUAGUUCAUUUGUUUCAUAUAGAUAACAUUGAGCUUAUGCACGUGAAUUUACCGAGGAGUGAGCACUGAUUGGCUAAAAUGCAAAUCUGUCAAAAGAACUGAAAUAAGGGGGCAGUCUGCAGAGGCUUAGAUACAAGGUAAUUACAGAGGUAAAAAGUAUAUUAAUAUAACUGUGUUGGUUAUACAAAACUAGGGAAUGGGUAAUAAAGGGAUUAUAUAUUUUUUUUAAAACAAACAUUCUGUUGUUGACUGUCCCUUUAACUACUUUUGUUUACAUAGUACCAUCAAAAAAAUGGUACGGUAAUGUAAUCAGAAAAGCUAAAAGUAUAAAUGAAUUUCCUUAAACUAAAAUUAACAGUACUGCCAAGUGCCCUAUACAUAAACAGGUGCUAUAGCAGUAGUUUAGAACAACUCCUGUUAACAGUGAUCUAAUGGUGGCGCUAGAACAUAUGGAAGUUUCCGUUAAAUAGUUGGGAUGAUUUUCAGGACUCACAGAUUUCAUCACUGUUUAGAGAAAGAAGUGUUAUUGACUAUCAAAACUAGAAGUAAAAAGAGGCAUUCAAACUUGUUAGGAAAAAAACUAUUGCUUGUUUAAAAUUCAAGGUAAAUGCAAUUAUAUUUUUUUUAUGUACUUGUUAAUUAUGCAAUGCUAUUGUAUUUAACCCCUUAAAAAGGGACACUAAAGCCACAUUUUUUUUCUUUCAUGAUUCAGGUAGAGCAGCAAUUUUAAGUAACUUUCUAAUUUACUCCUAUUAUCAAUGUUUCUUCAUUCUCUUGCUAUUUAUUUAAAAAGCAGGAAUGUAAAGAUUAGGAGUCGGCCCAUUUUUGGUUCAGCACUAUGGAUAGCGCUUGCUUAUUGGUGGCUACAUUUAGCCACCAAUAAGCAAGAAUAACCUAGGUUCUCAACCAAAAUUGGGCCAGCUCCUAUGCUUUAUAUUCCUGCUUUUUAAAUAAAGAUAGCAAGAGAACGAAUAAAAAUGAAUAAUAGUAGUAAAUUAGAAAGCUGCUUAAAAUUGCUGCUCUACCUGAAUCAUCAAAGACAUUUUUCUAGGUUUAGUGUCCCUUUAAGUAUAAACAACCAGCACCAUACCCUUACGGCGCCUGUCUCUCCUCUGGCAGCCCACCUAGGCUAUUUCUGCAUGACCCAGUGCAGACAUAGCGUAAUGGAGGAUACCCCAGGCGUGUCCAUGUGAUCCUAUGGAUGUCAGCGCGAUACCUCCACUAAUGAGAUAUAUAUUGAUUGCAGAGUAUCUCAUGCUGCUGCUGGAAGCCGGGAUGUGAGGCCAGCACCAGUACAGUAAAUAUCAAAAGUAAGUUACUGUGUAUACAAAUCACAGUGAUGGAAUUUAGAUACUAUCAUGCCACAAUGCAUGCUGGUAUCUGGCUCAGUGGUCAAUCACGGGUUACCUCAGAAGUAAGACAGUCCAGUGAUGCACAAAAAAGUGGUCAUGUGAUCACUGCAAGCAAUGGCUUGUUGUCUUGGCUCUGCCCUUCUGUCCCUGUAAACACAAAGUGAGGAAUGUGUAAAAUAUAUAUAAUUAAUAACCACUAGAUAAAUACCCCGGGGUGUCAGCUACACACAAGUAUAUAGUUGUAGAAUGUAGUUUUGAAUUGGGGAACCGCUAUUAAAGGGACAGUACAGGUUUAAAAGAGGCAUGAAACAUCUUUUUGUCUCUCUCAUACAAAUAGACUUAAAAUCGGAAUGUUGUUUAUAAUUGCCUGCUCUUUAUACUCGGUACAAACUCCUUAAGAGACCUUAUAUAGUGGACCGUUCAGGGUCUGGGAUCACUUGGUCCAGAAGGGGAAUAACUAUCUGGAUCUGAAGAGCUAAAGUGGCUCGGCACUGAGGUAUUCACAAUAUUUCUUGCAAUAAAGUGAACUUUAUUUUAGUUUAUAUUUAAAAGUAAAAAAUAGGAAGCAUCGUUGUACUAAUUGAUAUAUUUGAUCAAUUUGCAUAUAAUUUACAAAUGUAUGUUCUUUAUAAUCUGUGUAGAUUUACAAGAUUUGUAUACUGUUACUACUUCCCUGAAUAAACCUAUUAAAAAAAAUUGCAUGCUUUAUUAUGAAA